AUGUAUUAUUUUAUAGAAUUUUUAUAUUUAACAUCAACAGUAACAUCGUUAUCAUUAAAAACAGAUAAAAAUUUAGAAUUUAAUAAUAAAAGACGUUCAGAGAAACAAGAUCCUUCAAAUUGGUAUCCAAUACAAAGUUAUGGUCGUGAAGCCCCUGCUUUUUAUGAAAAAGAUGUGUCAGACAGUGACAGCAAUACUAACAAAGCUAUGAAAACAUCUAAGUGGACUCCUCAAACAAAGCACAAGAGAGAAAAGGGAAAGUUUACUACGAGACAAAAUACAAAACAUAUAAAAGGAACAACUACCUAUAAGAAAAAAACAGAAGAGCGUGGUACUAAGCAUCGUAGACAAAAACAUAGUAAUCGAGAAUCGAAAAAAAGGAACGGUCAAAAUGAGAUGUACUUUAGAUCACAUCAAAUUAAUCCUUAUCUUAAUGACUCUUUUCAUGACAUAAACACUCAUCAUUCAUCACAUUAUACACAACAUUACAGUUCCUUUAUUGAAAACCAUCUGUGGCCUGAAAAACUUAACAUGACCGAUGAUAGAUUGAAAUUGCCGCCAACUGACAGCGAAAUACAUACCAUAUACCUCCAAGGGCAUAAAAUAAUCCCAAAAAACGCCAAUAAAAACAAAUUCAAUCAAAAUAAAAAUGGCGCUCAACCUGUCAGUAACAGUACAAUGUCAAUUAAAGAAACCGGCAAUUCUAAAAACAAAAAUAUUCAGCAACCCGCCCAAGUUUCUUCGCUUUCAAACAAAGUUUCAUCUAGCUUAAAAAAUACAUCACAGCCACAGUCCUAUGUGUUAAGAAAUAGAAACCAUCAACAUUUUGGUCGUAACUUCAAUACUUACUUUGAGACGGCAGACAGGUCAUUGUAUAUAAACAAAAUAUUUAAGAAUUUUCAAAAUGAAAAUGACCAAUCUACACCGUUCAUUCGAAAUGAAAAAACGUCAGAAAGCGAUUUAAAUAAAAAUAAUGUUAAUAUGAAAAAAGUAUCACACGAAGCGAAACAAGAAUUGCAACAACAAAUAAUAAAUAAAACUAAAGAGGAUUUCCACAAAAAAAUCGAUAAUGCUCUCAAUGCUCAGAAAGUGUGGUUUCAUAAUUUAAAGGACCAGUCUACAGAUUAUGAGAACAUUGACAAUGAUACGAUUAGUUUAUGGCAACCCUGGGCCCAUAGAGUAAAAGACGAUGCUAAAAUUAGUUCAUUUAUUAAUCGAACUCUGAACCGCAACAUUGAUUUAUUUUAUGCAGUUGAACAGAAAACCAAAGAUAUGAAAUGGAAGGAGAUACUUAGAGAAUUGGCAGAAGCGUACCAAGAAAAAUUUAAUAAAUUCUCUGAGGAUACAAAAAAACACAAGGUCAAAAGUCGGAUGGGCACGGAGAGAGUAAUUCUGAACUGUAUUGAAGUAUCUAACCGCAUUAUAAAGAGAUUACUCAACUAUGUACUAGAUGAUAUGGACAAGAAAGGGCAUCUACGAAAUACUCGCCCUCUAAAUAUCAUCGCUAAAGAAUUAAAACAAAAAACAAAAGCCGAGCUCAAACGAGCAUGUUUGAAACUAGGUAUUUGUAGAAGUCGCAAUGGUUUCACAGAGUUCGUUAUCGAUUUCUUGACAACGAUAUUAAGUCAAGGCGAUAAAAAAUUUGAAAUGGCAUAUAACUCUUUGACCGCUGCUAUUAAAAACACCGACUGGUCUAAGACGUUGGGUGAGAAUUCUGAUGAAACAUUAAAGACACAUAUCGAGAAAUUUAAAAAUAAAGAGCUCAUGUACAAAAGAUCUGCAGUUAUGGUAAUUAAAAGUAUAAUUGCAAAAAGAAAUUCACCUUUAAUUGUGUACGGUGAUAGCAAUGUUGGACAAGUGAAUAAAACGAUCGCUCUGCUUGAAAUCGUUAACAUAUUAGACAAGUAUGUACCAGAAAGUGAUAAAAAUUUUAAAGUAUGGAUGGAUUUAAAUGGAAAACUAAACAACUUUGUUAAAGGCAGUGACGACAAUGUAAAAGAAACAAUGUUAGCUUUUGUGCAGCAUAUUAAGGAUGUUAUUAAUUGUAUGAACUCUAAAUCCUUUACUCAAAUAUUGUAUAACUCGCAAAUAGUUUUAUCUUGA